UAGUUCUCAGUGGGGGACGGCUGGACUGAUAACACAGCGAAGAAUAAAAUCAAGACAUUUGCCGCUGAAAAUAUAAUAUCAGCGUUGAAUUCAUCUUAAUUGCGAGCUCCGUAUACUCCGAGUCCGGAUAAAUUCAGGCGGAUUCAGUCGUCGUACGAAGAAAAGCGGCUCACUUUUGGUGAAAAAUAAACAGGAAGUUGUUAGCGUUGUGGGACGUGUAGUUCCGCUUGCAGGCCGCCGAGCUUGAUAACAACGCAUAGAAAAAAGAAACAACAAUAAAAUAAUCUAAACUUAAUCUGAGGCCUGCGUUUUAACCAUUGGUGUCGAGGUAAACAUGCCCGGGUUCACCUGCUGUGUCCCUGGCUGCUACAACAACUCACACCGGGACCGGGACCUGCGCUUCUACACAUUUCCUAAGGACACCACGCUGAGGGAGCUGUGGCUGAGGAACAUCUCCCGGGCCGGGGUCAGCGGCUGCUUCAGCACCUUCCAGCCCACCACGGGACACCGAGUCUGCAGCGUGCAUUUCGCCGGCGGGAGGAAAACCUACAGCAUCCGAGUGCCGUCCCUCUUCCCGCUGCGGGGGGUGAAUGAACGCAGGAGUCGGAGAGGCAGGGGCAAGAAAGCGUCCUCGGCGGUUCCUGCCCCCGCCGCGGCCGCGACCUCCGGGAUUGUCGUCACCAGCGUACUGGGCAACACGGCAGAAGGGGCCGAGGGCAACGCAGGCGGCGAGGCGAGCGACGACAGCAUCACCGUGGUUCAGAUAGGCCAAAACGGGGAGUACCUGGGCACGGCGCGGCUACCGGUCCAUUCACAGGGGACCUGUUUCCCCGAGCCGAUCAGCGCUGCAGAGGAGCUGACGGCCGACGACUCGUCGGUCGAAACGGGGUCAUCUGUGCAGUAUGUCAGCGUGACCAGCAGCCCGCUGGACCACUCGUACUCCCUGACCACCGGCACUACGUCCGCAGAGCUGCUGCGAAAACUGAACGAGCAGAGGGACAUCAUCGCACUGAUGGAGGUGAAGAUGAAGGAGAUGAAGGCGACCAUCCGCCAGCUGCGGGUGGCGGAGGCCAAGCUGCAGGAGGAGGUGCGGGAACGGGACCGGCUGCUGUACGGCCACUCGGUGGCUGGCAGCGUCCGGAAGAAAAUCUGAUGGGGUGGGUGAACAACCCGGAGGCGACCCGUUACAGAGACUGAGACUGGAGGCGAGGGGGAUGAAGACAGCAGAUCCAGCCCUAUUUUGUAUUAAACUACGAGCGAUGACAAUUUAUUUUUAACAAGCAGAGCUGAAAAAGCCUGGAAAAAAGUUGUCUGGCUAGUUUAUGUAGCUGAUAGUAAUAACCUCAUUGCUAAUAACAUAGGAACAUGCACAGUCCGCCAUUGGUCUGCACACAUAUUUUAUUCAUUGAGCAAUGACUCGUAGUUUGCACAGAUCUACAAGUUAGACAGCCUUACAUAUUUAUAACCGGACUGAGGGGAGACUGAUGCUCAAUACUGCCUAGAUGCAUACAGAAUUUUCUCCUUAAGAGCUCUAUGAGAUACUUUCUUUACUUUUCAGUCUCUCAUUAAAUCACGAAAGUAAUGUGACGUGCGCCAAGAUGAAACCCAUAAGAUUAAUGUGCAACCAAAACACUAUUCUUGGCACACCUAUGGUUUUAGUCAUCUAAACAGAACUCUGUCAUGACUGUAUCAGAGCUGCCUUUAAUGGUACUUUAAGUUGCUUUCCUUUGUGCGACAGAAUACGUCACUUUAAGGAGUUCCUUGACAACUUUGAGGGCACUUACAUGUUCUUAGAUGACGUUUGUUGAAAACAUUAAGCUACAUUUUUUUGCAACAGUUUUUCCCAAUUAUAGAAGUUCCUAGAAAAACAUGUUAUCACUUUAUGCAACUUGAAAGUGUAUGUUUGUCUACAAGGUUGCUUUGUGAAACAGCUUCUGCUCGUUUCUGUGUGAUUCAUGAAUUUAAUGUGCCUGUUUAUGUUCGGUUUGUUUCUCCAAACAGAAGUUUAGUGGCUGAAUUUCUCUGUCCUGUUCAUGGGUGUUUUAUGCACAGGAUGUUACAUGCAUUUCUGAACGUGGUCGGACAGUUGUGCUCCGCUCUCAGUUUGAAGUAAAUUUCCUUUUGAAAUAGCGCUGAGUUGUGCGGACUGAUUUCAACAAAUGCGUUGUUUUGUUCAGUAUCAAAGUAACAAAAGAGGAACAGACUUCAAGAUCCUGCAGUGUUACUGUUAUUUUACCUUCACUAGAAGGCUCAUCCUGUAUGAGAACAGACUCCAUGGACUGCAAUGAGACUAUUUUUGUUUAGAAAAAAGAGAGAUAAAGGUUUGCAGUGUUUCUAGUAUUUUUUUCAGCAGUGUUGCGUUGUUGGGGGAAAAAAAAUAAUAAAAUUUUAAGAUUUGUGACAGGAACCAAACAUAAA